AUGGAAGUUAAAACACAAUGUGCUAGUCUUUUCGUUGCUUCUAGCGGUUAUUUAUAUUGUUCGUCAGUUUUGGAAGAUAUAGUUUGGAAGACACCGGUCGACAAUGAGAUGGAAAUGAUGGUUGUGGCUGGUACAGGUCGUGACGGUUCCAGUGACAUUGAACUAGAUGACCCUGAAGGGAUCUUUGUUGAUACUGAUUGCGAUCUCUCAUCAGAUAUUACAAUUGGACUCUCUCAACCACAUUCAGUUAUAUUAGACGCUUACAAUUAUCUUUUCAUCCCCGAUGGCGGAAACAAUCGUAUCGUUGCGUCUGGACUUAAUGGCUUUCGAUGUUUAGUUGGAUGUGAUGGAGGCGGUACACGAUCUCAUCAAUUGAAAUCACCACAGAGAUUCCGCUUUGAUAUCUAUGGGAACUUGUUUGUUGUUGAUAAAGGAAAUAGCCGAAUCCAAAAAUUCGAUUUGCUCGAAGAUUCUUGUGUCGAUGUUCCAACAACGAUUCGGGCAACUUUUUCAUCGACAUUUUUAACAGAAGAUCAUGGGAGAUUUGCACACGCUCCAUUUUAUUCCUCCGCUUUUUUCUACGAAGCCAUUGAAAUAUUUGUAAGUCAAAAUGGUUUUUACAUCUUAAUUGGUGUCAGCAAUAUCGAGCUAUACGGCUAUGUCUACAAAGAUCGUUUUCACCCGUUUGAUCCGACAAGCCGCGAACGCUGCAGUAACGAUCGAUUCGAAUUUACACUUGAACUUCAUGUCUAUACGAAGUACAUAUUGGUUAUAACAACAUACAAUCCAUUUGUAACAGGUCCGUUCUCAAUCACAGUAUUCGGAUGA